GUCAAAUGCUGAUUGGGUGCUAUUCACAUCAAUUUAAAGUAAUUCACAAAUCAUCAAGCAGGCUGUAGCCGACAUCCAAGUAUCAAUCUACUAACCUUUUAAUGACUUGGAAACCUUCCAGUCAGUGUUCGCAUUGGCUUUUGCAAUUUCAGAAGCAACAACAAACAGCAUCUUACCUGUUACGCCCCCACCCCGAACAUAAAAAGCUGUAUUGAGCAGAGUCGACGCACCCGACAUAGUGUCCUAUGAAUGACAAGUGCUGCGUUCUGGAUGUGUAAUGGUGUUUACAAACCAUUGGCACGAUGGACUUCAUGUUGCAGCUUUAUGAAGUGUCAGUGAUGAAUUUGGAGCAAGAAAGGCCAUUUGUCUGCAGCGCCCCAGGCUGCUCCCAGCGUUUUUUCACAGAAGAUCACCUGAUGAUUCACAGGCACAAGCAUGAAAUGACUUUGAAGUUUUCCUCGAUAAAAAAUGAUAAUAUAUUAUCAGACCAAACACCCACGCCAACACGUUUUCUGAAGAACUGUGAAGAAGUAGGACUUUUCAAUGAUCUGGACUGCUCAAUAGAACAAGAAUUUAGGAAGGCUCAGGAGGAAGAAGACAAUAAAAUGAAUAUUUCAUUGCACACUUCUGUUGGACCAUCAUCACAUCAGCCACCCCACUCAAGAUUAUCAACCCAAGACGGCAUAGUGAUUCAACAAGCCAUGCCAUCACCCCAGUCCAGCUCAGUAAUCACUCAAGCACCUUCCACCAACCGACAGAUUGGGCCUGUUCCUGGCUCUCUGUCUUCCUUACUUCAUCUUCGGAACAGACAAAGACAACCAUUGCCUGCCUCUAUGCCAGGAACGUUGCCUGACCCCACCAUGCCAGGGUCCUCUGCAGUACUAAUGCCAAUAGAAAGGCAAAUGCCAAUGGGUUCUAACAUGAUGGGCUUACAGGGUCCAAACCUCAAUAACUCCUGUGCUUCUCCCCAAAUCCCUUCUAUGCAUUCUGAAGCAAAACUGAGACUAAAAGCAGCACUGACACAUCAUUCUGCUGGCAUGUCCAAUGGGAACAUGAACUCAAUGGGGCACAUGAUGGAGAUGAUGUCAACUCGGCCAGAACAGACUCACCAUCAGAUGCAUUCUCAUCCACACCAGCACCAGUCCUUGCCACCUCAACAUCACGCUUACCAACACCCACACCCCCAACACCAUCACCAUGCACAUCCACAGGCCCAACAUCACCACCAACAGAGUCACCCACACCAUCACUCACAUAAUCCUCAUCUGCAUGGGCAUCCUGGGCAUCACCAGACCUCUCCACAUCAAGCUAUUCACUCGGGCCCCCAGUCACAGGUGUCACCUGCUGCCCAGCAAAUGCAACCAACACAGACUUUACAGCCACCACAACCCACUGGAGGUCGGAGGAGGAGGGUGGUAGACGAGGACCCAGACGAAAGACGACGGAAAUUUCUGGAAAGGAAUCGAGCCGCCGCCACUCGCUGCAGACAGAAGAGGAAAGUGUGGGUGAUGUCACUGGAAAAAAAAGCAGAAGAACUUACUCAAACAAACAUGCAGCUUCAGAAUGAGGUCACAAUGUUGAAAAAUGAAGUAACACAACUAAAGCAGCUUCUGCUAACUCACAAGGACUGUCCCAUCACUGCCAUGCAGAAGGAGUCCCAAGGUUACUUGAGUCCAGAGAGUAGCCCACCAGCCAGCCCUGCUCCAAUCUGCUCGCAACAGCAAGUCAUUCAGCACAACACCAUCACAACCUCCACGUCGGCCGUCAGCGAAGUCGUAGGCAACUCUGCACUAAGUCACUUAGCCAACCACAGAACAGACAUGAAUCCUAUUCUUUAAAAAACUAACAGCAGCUCACUGACUGCUGAAAACAAUUCUGUUGCCUCGUUUGAGACUCUUUUUAAGAAGAAGAAGAAAAAAAAAACAAACUCUGAUGCCUGGAAUCAAAUUCCAAAAUGACUUCAAUUUUAAUAUUAGAGGCAAAUUGAAUUUUUUAAAUUGUUGUUUGUAUUUAGUUGUAAGGGAAAUAUGCAAUUAAUUUUUUUCUUUUUUUGUGAAAUGCUUUGUAACUUUACUUCAAAUUCCAGAGACUGUUCAGAGCAAAUGGCGCUAAAGAACACCCUGGACCUACAAGUGGAAAUUUUGUCAAACCACCAAUUCAGUUGAAGGCCUCACAAUGUGACUACUUAUCGUAUCCUGAGCUUCCAAAUCAGUGUUUUUGUAUUUCUGAAGAUAUUACUUGGCAAUUACUUGGAUUCCUUUUCUCCUUUUUAUUAAUAGCAUUACCAGUGUUUUAUUCUGUUCACUGAAUAACAAAAGGUGCAGUACAAUGUGUGUGCAUAUGAAAAUGUAUACUUUAAAAAAGGAAAAUGCAGUAAUCCAAAAAAGAGAUCAUUUAACCUGGGUGGCUCCCAGUUUAUAGUGCUCAUUAAGGUUACCGGUAACUUAGAAAGUUUUAUUUCAAUAGAAAAUUGUAACCAUGGAUAAAAUACAGUCCAGCUGUCUGACCAAAUAUGUAGACAUACAGUAUGCAUUUAAAACAUAGGAAGACUUUAAUAAGGAGCGUCUCUCCCGCUUUGUUUUUUGUGCUUGAAUGAGAAUAGCUUCAAAUAUGUGUGUCAUACACUUAACAGAGAGCUUUAAUCAGUUAAAAGCCUUCAGUAAGACAUCUAUCAGUCCUAGUGUAAUACAAAUAUGAAAUCUUCACUUGUCAAUGAUUUGUUACAAUCCCACUGUAUUGUUACAAAAUGUCACCAAAGUAAACUGCCAAAGGAGUGAUAGAGAGAAAGAGUCCCCAAAAUGCUAAGUGGGGUUUUAAAUGUAUGUGCAGUGAUUAGACCCUGAAGUGGAUAAUGUCAUAUUAUUCUAUUCUAUUCUAUUCUAUUCUAUUCCAGUGCCUCCCUUCCAUACAUACGCACAUGAAGUACACAGACUAGAAAGAGAGAGAGAAAUGAAAUGCAGAUAGGCACGACUCUUAAAUGUAAGAUAUUGGUUGAAAUGGUUAAAUGGGUUAAACAGCUUUAUUGUGGGCAGUUUGCCAGGUCAUACUAUGCAUAAUAUAUAUUUUGCACACUUGCCCUCUAUGAAAAUUUCUUUCUAUGGGCAAUUUUUUAGAGAGAAAUAGCAACAUGAAUUUAAAAUGAUUGUGUUAGCAGUCUGAGAACUGAGUAGAGUGUCAGCUCCCCAGUAUCCUGAUGGACAUUUUUAGAUAGGCGCUGCAGCCGUGUUGUUUGUUAAAAUGUGUCACCAGCAAUUUUUUGAUUUACUUGUAAUUUGCUUUGCCUCAAACUUAACAUUAUGAAACUACUCAGUGUUAUACUUUUUUUGCCUUUUUUCCAUCACAAGAUUUAGCCAACAAGCAGUACUUAGAAAAAAUAUGUUUCCCUUUUUUGGACAUGGCAUUACUAAUAGACACAUUUUUAUGUUCCUCAACUAGUCAUUGAUAAUUUUUUCAUGCAAAAAUCAGAGACGUGCAUGUGUUGUGACAGUCACCAGGCAAAAGGAAGCCGACUGCUGUUGUAAUAUUCUGUAACACAUAAACGUUUAAAAUUGCAAGUGUUCCAGAAUAUUACAAAGCUGACUUAUUACAAACAGAAGGCUCCAAAAAGAGCACAGUAAACUGGAGUUAAUGAAUGAACUGCUGCCUCAGAGCUUGUGCGUCCUGAGUUUCAUUUUCUGUAUCUAGUUUGCAUAACUGCCUUGUGUUCAUGUAGAGUUUUACUUGCCUUUCCUCCCACAUCUGAGCUGACCAGGUGUGAGUGAGUUUGGAGUUGUCCAUAAAUGUGCUCUACAUUGGAGUGAUGGUUCAUCCAAGGUUAGUUCAUGGCCUUCACCCAAAUAAUAGAAGAAAUGGAUGAAUAGAUGGAAUUAAUAUUUGGUAACAUGGACAUUUUACCAUCUUUUCAGAAGUAGAGAAACAAGGAGAGAAUGAAAAUUUAUAGCUGCCACAUACAGUGGUACCUUGCGAUACGAGUUUAAUUCGUUCCGUGACCGAGCUCGUAAGUCAAAAUGCUCGUAUCUCAAAUCAAUUUUCCCCAUUGAAAUUAAUUGAAAUGAGAUUAGUUCGUGCCAGUCCCCAAAAAACCACCCUAAUUAUUUGUUAAAUGUUUUCAACAUAAGAAAAAUGUAUUUAUAAUGAACAAAUAUUGUAUACAAACAAAACAAAACCUAAUACAUAAAAGAGAAUCUCAAGAAAUAAACAGAUGUUGGCGAAGCCGAUUAGCGUAUUGUAAUGUUUUUUUCUUUCACUUUUGCUUAACUUAAUUUUCUUCUCGUUUUUUUUCUUUUUUGCCACGCUUUCCUAACUUUCAUUCUCAAGGCGUUUCAAUAGAAACCUAUCCAAGGAGCUUUGUUUAGUCCUCCCCUUUAGAAUGUGUCUGAAAUGAGUUAGGCAAGUGUCAUUAAAUAGCGCCGCUGCACGAUUAGUUGCAACUUUUUCCCACAUUGCAAACACUUCCUUUAUCUCACUUUAUGAGGUAACCUCCUCUGCGAUACCGAUCUCCUGCAGAACCUCCGUAUGUUGCCGCGUCUGCAGUUCUGUCAACUCCUCCAUCGUCAGUUCCUCGGAAUGUGCAGCGACAAGCUCUUUGAUGGCUCGUAUUUCGAAUUUUGGCUCAUAACUCAAGGCAAAAAAUCGACCUAGUGACGGCUCGUAUCUCAAAAAACUCGUACAUUGGGGCACUCGUAUCUCAAGGUACUACUGUACUAGAUUAAAAAGUCCAAUAAUGGGAUUGGUUUUAAGUAAUCUCACUGGCAUCCAAAACUGCACACUUUGUUUUUAUGCCAGUCUUUCGUUUGAGGCUGCAGCUUUUCUUUCUGUGAUCAUUUCCCAGAAGCCAUCAGCUUUGGUGAUGUAAAUGUCCUGCAUAUAAGGGAGAGCCAUAGAACUACAGCACAAGCUGCCUCUGCUUGCUUUCACCCUCCUAGCCCACAUUCCCCCCACCGUCCCCUGCUACCCGACCUCCUCAGCAAUGGUUAGAAACAAGAGUGUGUUUGUCAGAAGACCAGGUACAAGUGACUGGAGUGCCUUCUUUAGCAAAAACUGUAUGCUUAUGGUUUAAUUUGUCAGGGUUAUAUUAAGCGAAACUGGUCAAUGUGAUUUGCACGUGCAUGUCUCUAAGGACCAACUUUAUAAAGCUCUGUAUUUUUAAAACACCGCCUUUGACUCUUUUUUAUGGGCAUACUGCAUGGCUAACCACAGUGAUGUUUGCUUUGAGGGUUUUUUGAAUUUGUCUAACACUUCCAGCAUGUUUCUUCUGUCUGUAUAUACACAGGAAAGAAUAGCCUCCAGAGGUAUUAGUGGUUGAAGGUACCCUGUCAAAGCUAAUUAGGUCUGUAGUGCAAGAUGUGUGUGGCUGAAAGUGCAGAAUGACCCGCCACAGUUAAACGAGGGUCCAGGUUUAUUGGCAUUAUAUUUGGGUGACUUGUAAAAUACAAAAAGCAACUGCUUAAUUGCAUGUGUAUUCCUAGGACCAAAGCUGUUUAGGAAACAGCUAUCAUACUGUAUUAAACGUUUUAAUUGGAAAGCUUCAGCUAAAUGCAUUAAAAAGCUUUAGUUACAUUCCAAAGGAAACAUACACAUUGCCGAGUAUAUUAGGAGGCCCUGCUUGAUAGAUAGGUUAUAAUCUGAAUAUACAAAGGUUUAAAGUCAACAGAAAAUAGUAUUAAAGACGUUAGAACCUGGUGAUUGAGCUCCACAUUUAGGAAUGCCAUCUGCCACACGUCCACCAUAAACUUUGCGACUUUCAUUUGUGAGAAAAUUAUCUCAUGUAAGGGAAAUAUGAAAUACAUGAGGCCCACCAUCAGCAACCCUGCACACCUUGGCCAACUUAACCUUUUCAUUCCUUUCAAAA